UUUGAGUGAGGGAGAAAAUGGCGGCGGGGAACCGCCCGGCUCCGGUUCCCCCACGCUGGGAUCUGACCCUGCCCGCUAACGACCCCCGACCCUUUUUUGUGUGUGUGCUGCCCUGCGCUGUCGGUGACCUGCAGCCCCUCGGUGCCGCCCUGCCGCGGGUUGGCCUUCGCGUCCUUGCCCGCGUCCCCCUGUCUGGGCCUUCGCUCCUUUCCCCUGGGGGGCAACACCGGUCGUGGAAAAGAGGAAUAGGGGAGGAAAAUGGCGGCUCGGGCCCGCCUACCUGGUGUCCUUCGUCUCUCUCCCUUUCCUUCGUCCUCACUUGGUCCGUCUCGUUCUGCCCUCCCUCUCGCCGGUGCUGUGGUGUCUCCUCAGGCUCUGCCUGGCGGCCUCUCACGAGGGGCACCUCGCCUCCCCAUUCCUUUUCCCUAGUUUCCGCCCCCACCUUCCUCCAUGUUGUCGCUCGCUCCCCCUGGUGCGGACCCUGGGGUUCUCCCCUGCUGCUGCCUGCUCCCUUAAGCCCCCCGGCGUAUCAAUGUUUUCUUGUUCGACUCCCCGAUUUCCUACCAUCCCUGUGCGUAUUUUCCCGUUCCAGUUCUCCUUUGACUUCACCCUACAGCGUGGCUUGUGUGCGCUUCCCCAUACCCUGUUUCAUUUUCAGUGCUACAGCUUCAGCCCUUGUGCUCCAGGCUAUUGUGACAGAACUUAGCAUGCUGUAGAACCACAUUGAUCUAUUAGCAGUAUUCAGACUGUGUUUUUUUCCUUUGCAUGCGAUUUAUUUCACUGCCAGCAUAAAAAUACUGCUAUUCCACUUCCUCUCCUGAGAUAUACCUCUUUAAUACUUUCCUAGCUUAGUUUAAUUUAUACAGUUUAUUUCUGGGAUGCUUGUUUUUAUUCUGGAAGAACAAAAGAGCUUUGUAUUUGUUGCAAAGAGUUUCUCGUAGCAGGCAAGAUGUGCAACUGCUAUAUGUAACCACACAUUUGCAUACUGGAGAGAUGCAGAAGCACACCUGGCAGCAUGCAUUCAAGGAAAGUUGAAUGUCCACUUGUCUAGCGAAUGAAUAGACUUUAGAGACUCAUGUGUUAAAGCUGCAGUGGAAAUAUUAAUCGCAAUACUGUAGUUCAUUAUAACUGAGGUGUUUUUUCAGAUUUUUCUAUUUUUGGGGAGAACUUUAGCUUCAUGUAUUACGAUUAUGCAGCAUGAUGCUUGCAAAUCCGAGUGAGCGAAAUGCCCAUAAUGCCUAAGUCAAAGGAACUUGUGUCUUCAAGCUCAUCUGCCAGUGAUUCAGAUAGUGAAGUUGACAAAAAGGCAAAGCGGAAAAAGCAAGUAACUCCAGAAAAACCUAUAAAGAAACAAAAGACUGGUGAAAGUUCAAAAGGUGCAGCUUCUUCUAAGCAAAGCAGUAACAGAGACGAGAAUAUGUUUCAGAUUGGCAAAAUGAGGUAUGUCAGUGUUCGUGACUUUAAAGGGAAAGUCUUAAUUGAUAUUAGAGAAUAUUGGAUGGAUCAAGAAGGUGAAAUGAAGCCUGGCAGAAAAGGUAUUUCUUUAAAUCCAGAACAGUGGAACCAGCUGAAGGAACAGAUUUCUGAUAUUGAUGAUGCAGUAAGAAAACUGUAAAGACAGACCAUACAGAAACUUUAAUCAUUUCAGUUGUUUAAAGCGAACUUUUUUUUUUUAUAUUGGCUUUUGUUUUCUAAAAUAUUGUUUUCCAAUCUAUUGUAUAUUUGGAUUGCAAAUCGAUUUGUAAGAUGAAUACUUUUCUUAUGUGCAUUAAAAGUGUAUUCUGAGUGAGGCUAUUUGUGUAUACUUUACUAAAAGUAAGAGUGUUGCUUUCACCACAUGAUGUAAAAUAAACAAAACAAGUAAUAUGUAAAGCAUAAUUGUUUAUGGCUGUUUGAUUGAAGGUGUUUGCUGAUAAGACCACCUAAUAGCUUUAGUCUUCGUUUUAGUUUCAGUUUAGUUAAUGGUUAAUAUGAAUUUGUUUUCUGAGGAGAUUUCUUAAAAUGCCUCAAUUUAUUUUUUUGCUUUUAUUUCAUACUCUUUAGUAUUGCCCUGACAGCUUUCUGUUUUAAGACUUGAUACAAACAGUGAAGACUUGGUAAAACACAUUUUUGUAGAUAAUUUUAAAUACUGUAUUUGCUAAUUUACCCUAUUUAUUCAGAUGUAAACAUUCCUGAGUAUAUGACUUUUUUGCAUUACUUGCAUGAAAUGUUACGAUAAACAGUAACACUUGAACACAAGCCACACACAAUUUCUUCCCAUUUUUUUAUAUCUUGCUUGUCUUAGAAAACACAAUUAGCCUUUCUUAUUGAACCCUAGAUUUUAGAAUGUGAUGCAUAAACUUUUACAGUAAUAAACAUAUACCUCAGAGUAAGAUAGUAUUUAAAAGCUCCAAAUGUGGUUAUUAGUUAGGUAUCCUUUUCAAGCUCUGCGUUAAAUUCAUUCUUAAGCACAUACAAACUAGUUAUUCUAUAGAGAAGAACAGUUGACCUGUCUUUGUAGGGCUUUUGUUCAUUCGAGAGUAUUGCAUAAAAAUCGAUGCAUAAACUAGGCUGUUACAGGUCAAACAGGAUUAAAAUCGCUUCAACCAAAACGUCUGGAUCUCCUGCUUCUGCCCUGUCCACACUGCCUGCCCAAACCACUUAACUUGGCAUGCUUUGUGUGGCUUAUAUGUGCACAGCUGUUUUAUCUUUUGUACAGAAGAUGCUUCGUGCUUGUAGUGGAGUGCUGGUACAUAGUGGAUCACGAGUAGCGAACUUCACUUGUCAAACAUUGCAGUGUCUGGAAGAGAAGCUUCUGUGCAGUGGAAGCUCUGUUAGACAAGACGCUGCCACAGUUGAAGGGCUUCUUGGUAGGUGUCACAAACAAUGGAAUGAAGGAGGGACAAUAUGAUGUUUGAGUAGAACUUGGAGAGAUAAGGGGUGUGCCAGUGCAGAAGUUAACAGUGAAAAAUCAAAGCUAGCUGACAUGUAAUAACUACAGUGAAAAAAUGUUAGUUAGCAGAAUUAGACAGGAGUUCAUUUUUCUGGCUUAAUUCAGUUAAUUGAAGGAAGAAGAUGAAGCAGCUUAAUGAAAUUGAUAUUUUGAGAUGUGUAGUGAAGGCACAAUUUAAUUGGUUCAGCUGUAGUUUUCUGAUUUGUUGUUAAACUUCAUAUAUUUUUAAAAUUUUGUAUAGAUAAACAGGAUUUACUAUUUGUUUAAUUUUGGAAUAUCUUAGUAUGUUUAUACUGCAGGCAUGUGUGGAGGUGCCAUACACAUACUAUUCCUGUGUUGCAGUUUGUAAUUCAAUAUAAAUAAGCGUUGAAGGGUGAGGAAGAGUGACUUCAUCAAAUUAAAUUUAUAGUAUUUAAUUUAAAUAUUAUGCUAGAUACUUCUACGUGCUUUUUAACUUACCUAUUGUUGACAUGUUACAAAUAAAGAUCUGGAUUUGUGUAGCUCAGGAAAUCUGAAUUUUUAAGAACUGCUUGAGGGUGAAUAAAAGGGUAAAGCAAUGUUUUGUGGUAGCAGGUGCAUUUUUGGGCACAAUGUUCUUUUUUUGAGUUACUCUUAUAGGUGUGUGGGGAUACUUGGACUAAAUAGAAUAAAUAUGAAAGAUGUGCUAAAAUUUCACAGAUAGGUGAAUGAAAUAAAUUGCUUCAGGUCAUGGUUGACAGGCUCUAGGUAACUUGUAUUUGUGGUAUGUAUAUACGAAUUUUUCCUUUAAACCUGAAAUUUUGCAACCAGAUUUUAGCCACUGUACCUGAAGACUUUCAUGUGGCUACUCUAAAGUGCAUAAUUAGAGGGAACGUUGUCCUCGCUUUGAUUACUGUUGUAGUAGGCCAUUGGAUGGCAGUUGUGUAUCAGAGUACAAUGUAAUUGCAUUCAGAAGGUGGAGAAUUCAUUCGAGAGGAGUAAGUGAAAAAGUUUCAAUAUAGUGAUUAGUUCUCUUGUGGAAACUGGUGAUAGAGGUGUUCAAAUAAACAAGUAUUUGUUAACAGUCCUAUUAUAGGUAACCCCCUUGCUGAAUUUGUGAUAAGUACUGGAGAUGUUUAUCCCAUUUACUUGAUGAAACUUGGAGCAGUUUGACUUUACUUAGCUUGUGUGUUUAAAAAUAUUUUUCCUUUUGCCUGUCAUAAUCAUAAAAUACAUUUUACCUGAGCCAGUCUUCUGCAUGAAUGUCCCACAAGAAAGGUAAUUAAAUAAACCUAUCAGUUUCACAAAAGCUCAAAAUGAGUUGAGUUGAAUUGAGGAAAUCCAUUGCACCUCAGAUGACUGAUGUGCUUGUUAUUUGAUAAAAAUUUGACAUGUUUGCUGUUAUUUUGAAAUAAACAGCUGGUAGUGAUUUGUCAUGCAAUUGUCUAUAGCUGUAGUCUUUCUAAUUUGAGAAGAAAAUUCAGAUUUUUUUUUUUUUUUUUUUUAAUCUGUUAUUGCAGACAAAAUGUUAGUUUGGAUACCUGUAGAAGUAAGUGUCUAUGGAAGAAGACUCUGCAUAUGUGAAAAGGCUGUGUAAUGUCAGAUAAAACACUGCUCCCUUUCCCAUUAAGGUGGUAAAAUAAAGAUGCAUUUGAUUUUUUAUAUUUGUGCAGGGGCAUAUUAGCAAUAUGUUUUAUAAUUUAAGCCUACUAAGGAGCUUAGGGAGAAAAAUGCAUCACAGAGUUGCCAAAGUACUGUAUGUGUGAUAAAUCAAACUGUCAUGUAUGAUGUUCCUCUUAUGUAGAGAUGUUCAUAUCGAAAUUUAGCAAAUCCAGUACUAAGUUUGAUAUUUUUGUUAAAGGAAAUGCCCCAGUUACAUACUUCUUAUGUGAUAUGUUAGUAAAAAAAUUCAUGAUUGUAAUUCUGGUAACUCAAAUGUCAUGUUGUUAACCAUGUGGAAUGUUUUAUGUUUUGCUCUGGUGGUAUCCACUGCAAAGAGACCACUGGAAAUAUGAUCUCCAGCUGUAAUUACCUUAAUGUUCAAAUAAAAAAAUAGUUAAAUGUUAUACAUGUAAUAACAAUUUGAACAAUUGGAAAUAAAUGAAGACUUCUGUUGA